AUGGCGCCCACCGCAACCGACCACUGGUCCCUCUCCGACGACGAGACACAGUCGAAGCUUCCGUUCGACGUGUCAAGCACCGACGAUGUCUUCGACGAAGACGAAGACCUGAGCGACCUCAGCCCCCUGAACGCGUCGCCCCUCCGAGGAGAUGAAUACCUCAGUCCUAUCAUUCACCGCACACCAACGAUGCGUCGCCACGCUCGCCGAAAGUCCGAAUCCGACUCUCCCCAGACCGUAGUCUACAUCGGCGGCGGUGACUCUGGCUCACCUCUUCGCUAUGCUGCCAUCCAGAAGCCGCGCAUCGUAGACCUGUCUCAUCACCACCAGAAGGGAGCCUCCAAGCCACCACCAACCACGGCCACUGCCCAGCCCGACAUCGACUCCAAUAAUUUGCUUGGGCACUUCAAGGAGCUUCUCACUACGCAAUUCGUCGAGCUCAGAUCGACGCUGCGGGUCGAGUUGGCUCAAGUCCGUGACGAGCUGAUGGCGGAAGUGGGUGAGAUGAGAGAAACGAUGAAGCGAGAGAUUGCAGAGGUCAAACAUGCGAACAAGCAAGGAGCCGAUCGACUUCAGAAUGCUGUGAAAGUCGGGGUUGAGGCUAUGGUGGCUCAGGUCGGUGAGAGCGUCAAACAAGAGUCAGCCAACGUGAAGCUCAGCGUUAACAAAGUCAAGACCGAGCAGCUUGAGUCCACCAACACACUCACCGAAGCUGUUCGCAGCUCAACCACAAACCUGCAGGACGACCUCAUCUCAACGAGAUCCUCCCUCCGCGAGGCGAUUGACGAGGUUCGAAUUUCUGUCAAGGACGACAUCGCGCAGCUGAAGCGAGAAAUGUCGGAGUCGAAAGUCGAGCUCAAGAUCGCCGUUGACGCGAGCAAAGCCGCCAUCGAGACCGAAAUAGCCCAGCUGGGCAGAGACACCGAGGAGGACAAGGUCGAGCUUAUGAAUGCUAUUAAGGCGAUCGGAGAGUCAGUCACGGCAACGAGCGACCAGGUGCAGCAGAGUCUGGAAGAAGCGCACACGGAUCUGAAAGCGGAGGUCGAAGCGGCAACUCACGCGUCCAAAGAAGCCGCGGCGAAGUUGCAUGACGAGGUCGAGACCAUUAGCACCUCCCUGAGCACCAUGUCGACCAAUGUCGGAUCUGUCAGCAAUGGCAAGUCCAUAAUUGACUUGCUCCGCUCAAUCGAGCAGUCUAUCAUCGUCUCGGACCAGCCCUUCCCGCUCACUGAGAUCCUCGAACGCCUGUCUCGACUCACGUCCGCAACCAGCAAUCUCCACUGGCACUCCACACAAGCCCACAACAAGAUCCUCGCCCAGCAGACGGACUUCGGAACCACACUAAGCGGCGCAGCCGAGAAACAUGGCCAACAACAUAGCCCGAGACACCCAAACAGCGACCACAUCAUCAGAGCCGCCGUCGAAGAUCUGAAAGCGGCCACAAGCCACAAUGUCGCAGAUGCCAUCAGCAAAGCAAACACCAUGGUAGACAAAGCCCUCAAGGCCUCCACUACCACCCAGAACGACUGGCAUCAACGACUCGAGAUCCUGAUCGCAGACGUCAAGCGCGAGACCGCCUCCCUAUCCGAAUCCCGCAAAGCCGAAGCCCGCGACCUGAUCCGGACCAUCGGCAAGAUCGACGACACCGCGAUGCGCUCGAACAAGAUCGUUUCCGCCAUCGAGAAGAAAGCAGAAGAGCUCAAGUUCGUCAAGGAUGACCUCUUGCUCUCCCGAUUCGAUAAGGCUUUACGGCGCGGAAUCUCUUGGAUCAGAUGA